AUGGAUAGAAUCGCAGAGGAGCAUUAUAGUGAGAUAAUACGGCUCAGGGACCCUCAAAACGACAAAACUGAAGUUUAUACUGGUGGCGUGCAACUCAUUCCACACAACGAGUGGCGCAACCCGACGUCGUCGUGUAAACUAGGCUUUAGGAGUCCAGAGGUCCUUUUCUGUGGGUACACAAUACCUCAUCCAGCAGAAACAAAGAUGCACUUCAGGAUUCAAACAAAUGGACCACGAGCUGCUGAUAUUCUGAAAAAGGGCAUUGAGGAUUUGGAAAAGGUGUGUGACCACAUAUUGGAAGUGUUUCAGGCAGAAAUGGAAGAGUUUAAAGCACCCUGAAACAAAUUCUUUUACGUUUUUCAGAAGUCAUUGUGUAAUGAGAUACUAUUUAUGGAACCAUAAUUGGUUACAUUUGUAAUGUUUUGUACUAUAAAUUUUAUAUUAUUUUGAAAUAAAAUACAUUUGAUACUUUA